AUGCGUGUUCCUCUUAUCAGACUGCAGUGCGGCGUAAACAGCUACGACUGGGGGAAGGUCGGCAAGGACUCUGCAGCAGCAAAGUUCCACGCCGCCACAGCUUCGCACGGCUUUUCCAUCCAAGAAGACAAGCCCUACGCCGAGCUAUGGAUGGGCACGCAUCCCUCCCUUCCUUCAAGGGACCUCGACACCCAACGCUCGCUCCUCGACCUCGUGCAAGAGAACCAGUCUCUCCUCUCCGCAGACAUUGCCGAGCGCUACGAGAACAGGCUGCCGUUCCUGUUCAAGGUCCUGUCCAUUGGCAAGGCGUUGAGCAUCCAGGCCCACCCCAACAAGAAGCUCGCAGAGCAGCUGCACAAGAGAGACCCCAACCACUACCCAGAUGACAACCACAAGCCGGAGAUGACGAUUGCGGUCACGCCUUUCGACGGUCUCUGCGGCUUCCGCCCCUUGAACGAGAUCGCGCACUUCCUCCAGAACAUCCCUUCCUUGCGAAAGCUAGUGGGCGAGGACGCCGCCAAGGACUUCGAGGAUGCAGUCAAGGGCAGAGAGACAUCAGACAAGGAGGAAGACGUCAAGGCGAACAAGAAGGCCCUGCAGUCCGCCUUCACCAAGGUCAUGAACGUAGACCAGGACGCCCUAGCCUCUGCAGCCAAGGAGCUCAUCUCUGCGGCCAAAUCCGAGGGCUCGUCAUUCGCCGGCAACGGUGGCCCCUCCAACGACGGCCAAGAGCUCGCCGAUCUCGUGGUCCGCCUCGAUUCCCAGUUCCCCGGCGAUAUCGGGCUGUUCGUCCAGUUCUUCCUCAACUACGUCAAGCUCCAAGUCGGUGAAGCCAUGUUCCUCAAGGCCGACGACAUCCACGCCUACUUGUCAGGAGACAUCAUCGAGUGCAUGGCCUCGUCCGACAACGUCGUGCGCGCCGGCUUCACGCCCAAGUUCAAGGAUGUCGAGACGCUGACCAGCAUGCUGACGUACUCAUACGCGCCCAUCAGCGAGCAGAAGAUGAACCCUGUGGACUACCCAUAUGCGAAGCUCAACACCACUGGAUACUCGUCCAACUCGUCCAACACUCUCUACGACCCGCCGAUCCCGGAGUUUGCCGUGGUCAGAACGGCGCUCAACAAGAGCGGCGCGAAGACCACGUUCGAUGCCAUUGACGGCCCCAGUAUUGUGCUGUGCACCAAAGGCAAGGGAUCGAUCAGCGUGGGUCCAAAGAAGGAAGAGCUGAAGGAAGGCUAUGUCUACUUUGUUGGCGCCACAGCAGAGGUGGUCAUUGAGAGCGAGGCUGAUGCUGGUGAUGAGGAAGGCCUGGUCACCUUCAAGGCCUUCUGCCAGCUUGACGAAGAGGCCAAGGAGAAGCUGUAG